UGCUACCACUGCCUGGCUGAAUUAUAUAAUCUUAAACUAACCUUUUGUUACUAAUGUUAUAGAUUUUUAACUAUACCCAAUAAUUUUUUUUUUUGAGACAGGGUUUCUCUGUGUAGCCCUGGCUGUCCUGGAACUCACUUUGUAGACCAGGCUGUCCUCGAACUAUACCCAAUAAUUUAUAAACCAAAAAUAUAUAACCACGACAUAUAAACCAUAGUAAACUCAGUUAUUUAAGACCAGUCAGUCUUGAAAAACCAUAAGAAAAAAAAAACGUAGUGGCCACAACAUUUAUAGAUUUAAAACAGACAAAACUUUCCUCAUCUCCCCCAGCUGUAAUCUCAAGGGAGGAGCAUCUAGCUACCUGCUUAGUCCAAUUCUCAUGGGUACAGCAGAUCUGUAGUGGGACUAGCUGCUGGCUUCCCUACUGGAGAAAGCUGCCCACCAGCCCAAGCACUUCAUUCUGCAACCACAUUAUUUCACUGUUUUGGUCUCGCUAUGGUAGUGACAGCAUGGAAUGAGUUAAGACUAAGCCAAGGGGUAGAUGGGCAGAUAAAGUUUGGCCCAUUUCUCUGAAUAUGAAACACUGAGCAACAAUGAAAGGAAACAAACUACAGACACAGACUGACAGACACGGACAAACUGCCAUGCUGAUGAUAGCCAAUACUCUGGGGGAGGAGAUAGAAGAGAACCAGAUGUUCCACCAGCCCUACCAAAGGAGCUAAGGAUGCAGAUGAGGUGUCCCUCAGUCCUGCCAGACUCUGAAAGCAGUACUGCCUCCAGCCUCCUUCAGUGAGUCAACUAAUGGUGCUCUAAAUAGAACCAGAAAGGAGCUUACCUCUGGAGGUCUUGAACAAAUCAGGGACCUGGGUAAAGUGAUUGGAUUCUCCACCAAUGCACACCAACUCAAAACAGAAAACAAAAAUUGUUUUGUAUUGCAAUCAAGCCACUACUGAUAGAUCAGAGAUGAGGAAGAGAAUCAGGAGUUGAACUGUGACCACGAGGCAAAAUGUUACAAAACUUUUAAUUCUCAAAACUACAAGGAACUAUACCAAGUUACACUUAUUUACAGUUUUCUACCAAUCAGGAUUCAGGGAUAAAGGACUUUCUUAGGGACAUUUCCCUAUGUGGUACAUUUAUCCUGGUCUCACUGAUUUAUUUAACUGUGGUGGGGCAACUUACCUAGUAUACAACUUAUCAACCAGGAUGGCAGAUACCCAAGGAGGUCUUGGGAACUUAAACAUUAUUUGACUCCUAUUCAAUAUGGAAGUUUUACUCAAAAUGGCUUCAGUUUGGUUCCUUCUUACACCAAAUCUCAAUCCACAGGGAUACCAGAAGAGCAGGCUUAUGGUGGAGAACAGAAGUAUGUUUAAAUCCAAAUGAUAAAGGUGUUCUAAAUAUUUACUGAGUUGUUAACUGUCUAUCUGACAGGCAGCCUGUCUCUAUUCAGAACAAGGGCUCAGUUUCAUAAGUCAGGCAAAUAAAACCACAGGCUGUGUAACUUAUCUGGCUUUUUCACUUGGCCAGAGUCAAGCAGGUCUUAUUUCCCUGUCUCCCUAGUUUCCCAUACCUAACAGACAGGAGAUGGAGACAAAUGCCAGCCCUGGGGAGGAGGGUGGUUGGUGUUUCCAAGGGGGUGGGGCAGGCCAGGUGAUCCGGCAGGGGGCUGGAACUGUAGGAUUCCCAGCCAGUAAGAACUAAGUAACAAAAGGACAGAGUCCAGGGGUUACAUGUAGUUGCUGAUAGUACUUGGUCAUAUUUGGGGAGUGGGUAGACAGAUUUCCUUAAAGGCAGGAAGUUAGGGCUUCAGAGCACAAGUCAGAGCUGAGACUACACGCUCUCAGCUACUUCAGAAAGAGCCAGUGCCAUGGGUGUUUGGAAGAAACUAACCAUCCUACUGCUGUUGCUGCUUCUGCUGGUUGGCCUGGGGCAGCCCCUAUGGCCAGCAGCUACAGCUCUGGCCCUGCGUUGGUUCCUGGGAGACCCCACAUGCUUUUUGCUGCUUGGCUUGGCAUUGCUGGGCAGACCGUGGAUCAGCUCCUGGAUGCCCCACUGGCUGAGCCUGGCAGGAGCAGCUCUUACAUUAUUCCUAUUGCCUCUACAGCCACCCCCAGGGCUACGAUGGCUGCAUAAAGAUAUGGCCUACGCCUUCAAGAUGCUUUUCUUUGGCCUGAAGUUUAGGCAACGCUUUAACAGACAUCCUCCAGAAACCUUUGUGGAUGCUUUAGAGCAGCAAGCGCAGGCAUGGCCUGACCGGGUGGCCUUGGUGUGUACUGGGUCUGAGGGCUGCUCAAUCACCAGUGGCCAGCUGAAUGCCAGGGCCUGUCAGGCAGCAUGGGCCCUGAAAGAAAAGCUGAAGGACAUCACAGACCAGGAGGCAAGAGAUGCUGCUGCCAUCUUAGUACUCCCGUCCAAGACUAUUGCUGCGUUGAGUAUGUUUCUGGGGUUGGCCAAGUUGGGCUACCCUGUGGCCUGGAUGAAUCCACACAUCCGAGGGAUGCCCUUGCUACACUCUGUGCGGAGCUCUGGGGCCAGUGUGCUGAUUGUGGAUCCAGACCUCCAGGAGAACUUGGAAGAAGUCCUUCCCAAGCUGCUAGCUGAGAACAUCCACUGCUUCUACCUUGGCCACAGCUCACCCACUCCGGGAGUAGAGGCCCUGGGAGCUGCCCUGGAUGCUGCACCUUCUGACCCAGUACCUGCCAGCCUUCGAGCUAAUAUUAAGUGGAAAUCGCCUGCCCUAUUCAUCUAUACUUCCGGGACCACUGGACUUCCAAAGCCAGCCAUCCUAUCACAUGAGCGGGUCAUACAUGUGAGCAACAUGCUACCCUUCUGUGGAUGCACAGCUGAUGAUGUGGUCUAUGAUGUCCUACCUUUAUACCAUACAAUGGGGCUUGUCCUUGGGGUCCUUGGCUGCUUACAACUUGGAGCCACCUGUGUCCUGGCCCCCAAAUUCUCUGCCUCCCGAUACUGGGCUGAGUGCCGGCAGCAUGGUGUGACAGUGAUCAUGUAUGUGGGCGAAAUCAUGCGAUACUUGUGUAAAGUCCCUGAGCAACCAGAAGACAAAAUACAUACAGUGCGCUUGGCAAUGGGCAACGGACUUCGGGCAAAUGUGUGGGAAAACUUCCAGCAACGCUUCGGUCCCAUUCGGAUCUUGGAAUUCUAUGGAUCCACAGAGGGCAACUCUGGCUUCAUGAACUAUGCGGAACGCUGUGGGGCUGUGGGCAAGACCAGCUCCUUCCUGCGAAUGCUGAUUCCCUUUGAGCUUGUACAGUUUGACCUAGAUACAGCAGAGCCUGUGAGGGACAAACAAGGGUUUUGCAUCCCCGUGGAGCCAGGAAAGCCAGGACUUCUUUUGACUAAGAUUCGAAAGAACCAACCCUUCCUGGGCUACCGUGGUUCCCAGGCUGAGACCAAGCGGAAACUGAUUGCGAACGUACGGAACGUAAACGACCUAUACUACAACACUGGGGAUGUGUUGGCCUUGGACCAGGAAGGCUUCCUUUACUUCCGAGACCGCCUUGGUGACACCUUCCGAUGGAAGGGCGAAAAUGUAUCCACUGGAGAGGUGGAGGGUGUGUUGUCUAGUCUAGACUUCCUAGAGCAGAUCAAUGUCUAUGGUGUGCCUGUGCCAGGGUGUGAGGGUAAGGUUGGCAUGGCUGCUGUGAAACUGGCUCCUGGGAAGACUUUUGAUGGGCAGAAGCUAUACCAGCACGUUCACUCCUGGCUCCCUGCCUAUGCCACACCUCAUUUCAUCCGUAUCAAGGACUCUCUGGAGCUCACAAAUACCUACAAGCUAGUGAAGUCACAACUAGUACGUGAGGGUUUUGAUGUGGGGAUCAUUGCUGACCCCCUCUACAUACUGGACAACAAGGCCCAGACCUUCCGGAGUCUGACGCCAGACGUGUACCAGGCUGUGUGUGAAGGAACCUGGAAACUCUGACCACCUAGCCAGCUGGAAGGCUAUCUGAAAGUAUGGAAAUCAACACUAGUCAGUUUCACAAUGUUGUCAGGGUUCCAGAUGCCCAUGGCCCAGAAUAAACUUGAGUGUGUACACAAAA